AUGACAUCAUCGAGUACAGAUUUUUGUUCCCUCUGUACAGACGAUGACAUAUCUAGCCAUGCAAUAAAGUGGUGCACAGAAUGUGAAGUUUUUCUUUGUACAGAUUGUGAAAAACAUCACAAAAGAUCGAAGGCAUCUAAGGAGCAUAUUACUUUGUCAACCGUUGAUUAUCGUAAGUUACCGAAGUCCAUUCACCAAACAAGCAAUAGGUGCAAUGACCAUGACAAAAAGUACGAACUUUACUGUUCUGUUCAUUCAUGCCCUUGCUGCAUCCAAUGUAUCGCUGAUAAACACAAAAAGUGCCAAGAAAUGAAACCCUUAGCUGACUUUUUGAAAGAUGUCAAAUCAUCCGCUGCUAUCCCCCUACUGCGAAAUGAUUUAAAGGAAUUGAAGGAAUGUUUUGAAGAAGCCAUAAAACACUUAAGAUACAAAAUUAAUACAAUAAACAUACAUAGAGAGAAGGGAAUCGAGUAUGUAAGAUCUAUUCGUAAAUUAUUAGACGAUCAUUUUGAUAAACUAGAAAGGAAAAUUAUUGACGAUUUAGAAUCCAAACAUUCGGCGUUGAAAUCAGACAUGGAGGACCUGGUGAAAGAGAUUGAAAACCGAUGCAAACGAGUUGGUCAGUUGGAGGACGAAUUAUGUACUAUGACAAAAUAUGCAACUGAAGUGCAACUAUAUGUCGGUAUGCAAGAACUUGAGAAAACGACAUCAAAAGAAUCGAAAUACAUAGAAAAUUUGAAAAGUAAAAAUCGUUUGGAUAACAAAAUCUUGGAGGUCAACAUUUCGUCAGCUGUAGAUUCAAUAUUGCAAGAUGACUAUUUAUUUGGAAAUAUAACUAUCAAGUCUACACCGCAUAGUGGCCAUGCAUCCAGGGUUUCUCUUGAUAAGGAAACUGCACAUAGAGAAGUUAGUGUUUCGAAAGAUGGAACAACUUUUGUUAACAGAAGGCCAUCAAUUGGACAAACUUCGCUUUCAUUUAAUCCAAACAGACACAAAUGCUACAAAGGUGCACGGGGGACACAUGGUUUCAAAAAGCCUGGGAUAUAUUUUUAUGAAGUUAUCCUGAGUUUGAAAGUUGUCGCUCCUAUGCAAUUAAACAGCAUUGUCCUUGAAAUUGGUAUUGCCAGAAAGUCAGCCAUAGAUAAUAAUAAAUAUAUUGAUGGUCAACAAUACGCCUAUUCAAUGAUUGUUGCCCACCAUCAAGUGUGUGAUGCUGCAUGUGUCCAUGUGGUCAGAGAUAGAAAAGUUAAUCUUCAUAUACCUCUUGUGAAGAACCAGGUAGAUGGGGAAUGUCGUCUAGUAUUUGGUUUCCUCUUGAAUACAGAUGUUAGUACAUGGGAAAUCUAUAACAUGGAAGAAGAUGUUUGUAUCUGUGUUGUACGUGAUGUAAAUUGUCACGAGCCUUUGUUUCCAGUUAUUUCGGGUUACAAUCCCUCACAAGUUCAAGUAACUGCUACAUUUGGUUCAGGCCAUUAAAAGUGUCUCUAAU